AUGUACGCCACGACCCUAACGUCCGCUCUUCUUCUCCUAUCCGCCAACGCGCGAGACGUCGUCUUUCCCCCAGUCGCAGGCGUUGAAUCGGAGCAAUUCCUCCUCGGACAACGUAACAAGAUCGACAUCACCAGUGGUAGCCAAUUCUCCGGCCUCACCACGUUCGCCCGCCUUCCCUAUGUGAAUUGCUUCGUGGACAGCGAGGCCGAGCCGUCCCCGUACGACAUCGCGAUCCUUGGCGCUCCCUUUGACACCGGUGUCACUGCGCGCCCGGGAGCAAGAUACGGGCCCGGAGGAAUCCGCCUUGGCUCUCGUCGCAUCCAGGGCUGGAACAUCUACACCGAGCAGAAUGUUUUCGAGAGCUGGGCGAAGCUGGUGGAUUGCGGGGAUGCGCCGCUGACAUGGUUGGAUAAUACAGUUGCGCUAAGGCAGCUUGACCUUGCGCAUAAGGUUGUUUCUUCUCGCGCGACAAACAGUACGGAUCAUGGGCACACGCCUCGAAUUGUGACUCUGGGCGGGGACCAUACGACGACACUGUCGGCUUUGAGAUCUACCUAUGAGCAUUUUGGACCAGUGUCGGUGAUUCAUUUUGAUAGUCAUAUUGAUACAUGGGAUCCCAAGGUGCUAGGUGGCGGAAUAUCUCAUUACGCUGGCGUCAACCAUGGGACGUUCCUACACCUCGCACACGAAGAAGGCCUCAUCCAUAAUAAUUCCAUCCACGUCGGCAUCCGAGCCCCCCUCAACCGUGGGAAAGGCGACAUUAGAAACGAUAUCCGCUGCGGUUUCUCAACAAUCAAAGCCCGCGACCUCGAUCGUCUCGGUGUAGCCGGUGUUGUGGAGGAAAUCAAAUCGCGGGUUGGAAAUAGUAAGGUCUACAUUUCGGUCGACAUUGAUGUCUUGGAUCCGGCAUUUGCACCAGCAACCGGCACCGCGGAACCGGGAGGACUGACGACUCGCGAACUCCUCACCAUCAUAGACUCUCUUCGCGGUCUCCCGAUUAUUGGUGCAGACGUAGUCGAGGUAGCCCCGAUAUACGAUACGGCUGCGGAAACUACUACCCUAGCAGCAGCGGAGGUUGCGCACUCUUUGCUUGGCCUCAUGGUGCAUACUCCAUUGGUUAGUCAAAAAGCAAAUGUGUAA